AUGUCGUCGUCCGACAUUUCGAGUGCCACCCACGCGGUAUCAGAGAGCUUGUUGGCCACAAUGAAAGCUUCUCCCGAGGCCCUGCCGUCCGCGUUUACGCGUGCGCAGGAGGUCGUCGCAGCUCAGGGAUCGUCCAGCUGGCUGGGGCUUUUUGGCCGGUUGAUCCUCGCCAUUCUGUCCUUGAUCUCUUCGAUCCUGUAUUGGGCGAUUCGAAUCGUUACCAUUACAAUUCCUACCGUCCUCUUCACCUUGUUCUCGACAAGCUGGACUGUGACGAUGAACGCCACUACUCUCAUGGUAAUCAUGGUUGCCAUCAUAUCCGCCGUCAGUUGGGUGGUGCGAUAUCGCAUCCUCAACAUGUACUCUCGACUUCCUCCGGAGCCGCAGAGGAAAGAGCCUGACGUCGACUUGUUCCCCGAAUCCCACGAUGAGGGCAAGAAAUCAGGCCUUUCGAGCUAUUUGGACGAGUUCCUCAGUGCCAUCAGAAUCUUUGGCUACCUUGAGCGGCAGGUCUUUCACGAGUUGACCCGGAGCAUGCAGACUCGCAAGCUUAUCGCUGGCGAGACCUUCAACCUGGAAGAGGAGAAGGGAUUCUGUAUCGUCGUCGACGGUCUUGUGGAAAUCUUUGUCAAAUCUGGCCGAAAUGCUAGAGCCAUGGAUCCGGACCCUUGCGACAGCUUCGGGGGAGAUUCUGCCUAUCCUGGAGAAGACGACGACAUGUCAUCAGCCCCACAACAGAGAUACCAACUGCUUACGGAGGUUCGCAAUGGAGCUCCCAUGUCGUCCCUCUUCUCCAUCAUGUCACUGUUCACGGAAGACGUCAAGCUUCGUUCGACAGAUGACGACACCCCGGAACCCACCUCAGGCAGUGGUGGACUAAGAACCUCACCAUUCCCGCGCACCGCAGGCUUCCGCCGCAUGCCAUCAGACCCUGCCAGUCCGUUCCCAGCAACUCCCGAGUUUCCAGAGACCUCGGAGGAAAGGACUGGGGUAAGGAUUGAGGAGCCUCCAAAGCGGGCCACUACACCCAACUUGCCUGGCAGCGCAAGAAUUCCACCUAUUUCGCUUGACAGCAGCGGCAGUGUCCCCAGCAGUGCUCGCCAGCCGAAGCGCCCUCCUCUUCAGAGUCGGGCAACUUCUGGCUCAGCGCACCCAGAUAUCAUUGCAAGGGCGACGGUAGACACGACUAUCGCCAUCAUCCCAGCAAGCGCAUUUCGCCGGCUCACCAAGGUCUACCCCAAGGCCACUUCCCACAUUGUUCAAGUCAUUCUCUCCCGUUUCCAGAGAGUUACAUUGGCGACGGCCUACAAUUACCUGGGACUCACUGGUGAAGUCCUGCAAACGGAGAAGAACAUGCUUUCUUUCACCUCAUGUCAGUUGCCCAACAUGCUUAGGGGCGAUGCCUUGCAGCGUCUGAAGGAGAAGUUUGAUCGGGAGCGAGAGAGAGUGGGCGGCGAAUCGGAGAGCAAAGGCAUAGCACUGCACAACGCAAACGCGCAUCGUCGGCGGAAGUCAACCUCGACUCUUCGCAAGGAUGCAAUGAUGCAUUCCAUGACCACCAAGGAGAGGUCAUUUUCUCAGGUCGCUACUACCAUCGGACCGCCAAGGGAGAGAGCUUCCACUCAGACCAGUCCUGGUGAUCUUUUGGCCAACAUCCAGUCAGCACGGCAUAUUGGCCACCGACCAUCUGGUUCGGCUAGUGUUCACCUCGAACAAGUCGCUGACGCUCUCCGUCACGAGGGUACAAGCCCGCUUGCCCAGCGAGCAUUCAACCCGUUCACAACUCAAAGGCAAUCUCGAGGCUCGAUCGACGGCCGAGAGUCCCUGGAUGAAGACAACCUCUUCCGUCAGUCCAUCCUUGAAUGUAUGUUCAAAGCGAUCGGUCUGAGCAGCAACGGAAGCGUCUCCCGUGAGGCUGAGUCUGUCGAAGGAUCCCCACGGCUCUUCUCUUACGACCAGAGGCGAUCAAGACCUGGACUGGGCAACAAUGCAUUCGGUCUAAUGGGCCCUUUCGAUGCCUCUGGUGAUGGAGACACGGAAUCCAUGACAUCUGGAGGCUUUACACUGAACACGCCACCCAAUGCGCAUAUCCUGGCAAGCGAUAUGAAGGAUGAUGUGGAGAUUGUCUUCUUCCCCAAAGGUUCCGUUUUGGUUGAGCAAGGCGAGCGCAAUCCUGGCCUCUACUACGUUGUUGAUGGCUUCCUCGACAUUUGCACGUCGAAGGAGGACACCUCAGCAGACAUUUUGCAGUCCUCAAGUAGAACGACUCUGCACACCGACCAUAUGGGUAUGGAUGGGUCUCCUGCGUAUCCGCCUGAUCAUAUGGACGCGAAGAAGAAGCAGCCCUAUCGUCGCAGUGUGUCACUCAUUAAGCCAGGUGGCCUUGCUGGAUACGUAGGCACAGUGUCGUCGUACCGAUCUUUUAUCGACGUCGUGGCCAAGACGGACGUCUAUGUCGGCUUUCUGCCGCGUUCCGCUCUCGAGAGGAUCGUCGACCGUUAUCCCAUUGUCCUGCUUACAAUGGCUAAGCGACUGACGAGCUUGCUCCCGCGUCUAAUUAUGCACAUCGACUUUGCCCUUGACUGGGAGCAGGUUGAUGCUGGUCAAGUGCUUUUCCAUGAGGGCGAGGAGAGCGAGGCAAUUCACAUUGUUCUCAAUGGCCGACUUCGUCUCGUGCAGGACAGGAAAGAUGGCGGUGUCAGUGUGCGAGCCGAGUUCGGUCAAGGCGAGAGUGUGGGUGAACUCGAAGUCUUGACGGAGUCUGUCAGACCAGGCACGCUCCAUGCCAUCCGUCAGACUGAGCUGGUCAAGUUCCCACGCACACUCUUCAACAGUCUUGCCCAGGAGCACCCGAACAUCACGAUCAAGAUUUCCAAGAUCAUUGCGUCGCGGAUGAGGAACCUUGUCGAUGACCCCUCACAGCUUCUCUCCAAGGAGGCAGGCAAUGCCAACACAAUCACCAAAGGCUCUUCGUCACUCAACCUAAGGACCGUCGCGAUAUUGCCCGUGACUUCUGGUGUUCCUGUGGUUGAGUUUGGUAAUCGGUUGAUGAACGCCUUGUCUCAAGUUGGCCCUGCAAACGGUGCCACCUCCCUCAACCAAUCUGCCAUUCUCAACCAUCUCGGCAAGCAUGCUUUCAACAAGAUGGGCAAGCUGAAGCUCUCCCAAUACUUGGCUGAUCUCGAGGAAAAGUACGGCCUCGUCGUAUACGUCGCAGACACCAACGUCAAUUCUCCGUGGACUCAGACGUGCAUCACUCAGGCGGAUUGCAUCCUUCUUGUUGGUCUUGCUGAAGGAUCUCCGGAGAUUGGAGAGUAUGAGCGAUUCAUGUUGGGCAUGAAGUCGACUGCGAGAAAGCUUCUUGUUCUUCUCCAUUCUGAGAGGUACUCCCAGUCGGGUUUGACUCGAGCCUGGCUGAGGAAUCGGAUGUGGAUCAAUGGUGGACACUACCACGUCCAAAUGGCUCUCGGGGCAAACAUCAUGCCUGCGCAUCCGCCCUCAAAGCGAACGAGCACUUUGAAGGAACGGGUUCAGAUUAUCCAGGCGGAGAUUCAAAAGUACACUUCGAGGAAGGUUCGGCACAGUCCAUUCUACUCUCCAGAUGCACCCUACAAGGGCGACUUCCAUCGUCUGGCGAGACGUCUCUGCGGCAAAUCUGUUGGCCUCGUCCUAGGUGGUGGCGGCGCAAGAGGCAUCACCCAAAUCGGCAUCAUUCAGGCCAUGGAAGAGUCUGGCAUCCCCAUCGACGUUGUUGGCGGGACCUCAAUCGGCGCGUUCAUCGGCGCUCUAUAUGCCCGCCAUGCCGAUGUUGUUCCCAUCUUCGGCCUCGCCAAGAAAUUUUCUGGCCGCAUGGCCAGCAUGUGGCGUUUCGCUCUCGAUCUCACAUACCCGACUGCCUCUUACACCACGGGCCACGAGUUCAAUCGGGGUAUCUUCAAGACGUUUGGCAAGACUCAAAUUGAAGACUUUUGGCUCGAGUACUAUUGCAACACGACAAACAUCAGCAAGAGCCGAAUCGAAUACCACACCAGUGGCUAUGCGUGGAGAUACAUCAGAGCUUCCAUGUCACUGGCUGGCUUGCUUCCACCGCUCUGCGAUGAGGGCAGCAUGCUGUUAGAUGGUGGCUACAUUGAUAAUCUGACUGUCUCUCACAUGAAGAGGUUGGGUGUGGACACCAUCUUUUCAGUUGACGUUGGGUCACUGGACGACGAUACUCCACAGGCGUAUGGUGAUUCGCUGUCGGGAGUGUGGGCAUUCUGGAAUAGGUGGAAUCCGUUCUCGGGCACAGCCAACCCGCCGACGUUGGCCGAGAUUCAGGCUAGACUGGCUUACGUGUCUAGUGUCGAUGCUUUGGAACGGGCGAAGACGAUGCCAGGCUGCUUUUACAUGCGGCCUCCGAUUGAUGACUAUGGCACGCUCGACUUUGGCAAGUUUGACGAGCUCUACCAGAUGGGAUACAAGUAUGGACAGGAGUAUUUGCAGAAGCUUAGAAACGACGGGUCGUUGCCGUUCAUGGAAGAAACGGAAGCAAAGAAGGCGAUGCGGCGGACCAUGGCACCCAGGAGAGCCAGCAUCUAG